UUUUUUCUUUUUUUAAGUUAGAAGAUCAAUUCAAGAACAAUAAACAAAGGCUAUAAAUACUGGGAAAUUUUUAGAAUAAGAUCAAAUUAAAAUUCUUUUCAUGGGAGUUCUUGAAUUUAUUCAACAAAAAUGGGAACCAAGAAAAUAAUACUACUAUUAUUUUUGGCCUUCUACUUUUCAUGUGGAUUUUAUCAAGCCAAUGUAUCUGAACAACUUAACAACAAACAUAAUGUUGAUGGAGAUACAAUUAUAACAAGUAACAACAACAAAUAUGGCCAUGCUGCAGAGUCUCAUGUUGUUGGUGGCAGAGGAAGUGGAGGGGAAGCAAAUGGCGAUGGCUCUCGAUCUCCAGGAUCGUCGAAUUUCAUACCAAUUUACGCUGCAAAUGCUCAUCACAAUCGCCAUCGUGGUGCUGCAAACAGCCACAAGAGUCACAAUGUAUAUCUAGCCUUAUUCGCUACAAUGUUCUUCGCGUAUCUUUGUACUUAAACAGUAGUGUUUUAAAAGACGGGGGCGUGAGGCGCUACAAUGCCCAUAUUGUGCCUAUGUCUUGAUCUACUUAGGUUACAAUUGUGUUUUUGUUGUUGUACAUGAAAAAAAAGUUGAAAAACAUUUUGAUAUGUGUAGUGUUUGGUGUUGUUUUUGGUUAGAUUUUGAUUAGGGUGGAGAUGCAUUAUUAGGAUGUGUAUUAUGUCUUUUUUAUUUUCCUCUUUUUUCUACUAAACUUUCCUUUGUAUAAGAUGUUGAAUUGAUAUACAUAAGUUUAUCAUCUUGUCUUUUAUCUA